CAUCGCCCUCCCAUCCGAGCUCCAUGGCAUGAUCUUCAGCCAUCUGGACCAUUACUCCAUUUACGACCUCCACCAAACCUGCCAUGACAUGAAAGCUAUCACGCGGUGUCAUGUAUUGCGCAUGAUCCGCACGCCGAACGUGAUGUUGCCGAAGCCAUUCGCUGGUGUUGAUGUCAUCGAGAUGGUGGGAUGUAGUCAGCGAUGGAAAAAGGUUCUGAGAGGAGAGCGAAGGGGGAAGGAGAGCACUAAACCUGUGGAGUUUGACAUUAUCAAUCGAACGACGAAGAACUGGAUGCAGCGGCUGACCACCCUCCGUACUGUCUUCCCCUCCGACGACCAUCCACCCACAACCUCUACUACCCCUCUUCCAGCUUGCUUGGAUCCCUCACUCCCCGACGAGCUCAAAGUGCACCUUGUCUGGCAGUGGGCCUCAAUCAUGAACCUUGAGCUCGGAGAUACAGAUGUGGAAUUGGAUGAGGUUGAUUUAGGGUUCAUGAGGUACAUAGGGUUUCUUUAUGGAGUUGGGUUCGGGAGGGAUUGUUUGGGAAUGAAAUGGUGGUGGCCAAAGAAGAACGGAGUGAUCCUUGUCAAACAGGUUGGGCAUUGGGGAUGGGUGAAGGCGGAAGCACCGCAGACAAAGUAGUAGAGCGAGGAAGGGAUGAGUCAUAUCAGUGCUCAGAGACCUUAGAACCUAGGUCAAUUAAGAACAGAGGUUUUAAAGCGUGCCGUGC